AUGUCUGAUUCUGCAGGAUGGUCGUCGACCGAGUCAGGUUAGUCUCACUACGUGCUUUGAUGUAGUACCUCGAUGCACUCGCUGACGCGUCGCCGCUCUGCUCGCCCACCUCACUCUUCCCCCCGUCAACUCGCUCCCAUUCAUCCCCAUCGCACCUGACACAACUCGAUCCAGAUCCCGGAAUCAUGACCGGUAUCCUGCACGAACUCGGCCUGAAAUCGCUCGACGUCGAAGAGCUCUACGCGCUCGACCCGUCCCUGCUCUCCAGCUUCGAGCCCCUCCAUGCGCUCAUCUUCCUCUUCAAAUGGAUAGGCAACAAAGAACCCUCCACAUCUGGAGGAUCGUACGUCGAAAUCCCGGAUGAGAAGGGGUACUUUGCUCAUCAGGUCAUCAAUAAUGCGUGCGCUUCGAUCGCGUUGAUCAAUGCGGUUAUGAAUUUGGGGGAAGACUGGGAAUUGGGGGACGAGUUGGGCAACCUCAAGAUGUUUAGUACCGGGCUGGGGGCGGAGGAUAAAGGCUGGACGAUCUCGAACUCGGAGAAGAUUAGGCAGGGUGAGUACUGUGGAAUAUGGGCGUGGGGCGCGAACGGAUGGGAAGCUCGCUGAAUCGGUUCUCUUCGACGUCGCUUCAAGUGCACAACUCGUUCGCAAGAGCGGACCCCUUCCAUCUCGAAGAAAGUCGAGCACCGACCGAUGAUGACGACGUCUACCACUUUAUCUGUCAGUCUUCCGGAUACUCACCGGGGGAACACCCUUGCGUCCGCCUUGACACUGACGCCGCCUUCGAUCACCGCAUGACGCUUUCACUGUUGCACCGGCUAUUCCGACAUGAUCGCAUCAGGCUACGUCCCAAUAGGUGAUACACUGUACGUGACUCGAGCCAUGUUUGAUGUCAUUCGAAUAGUCAACUGAGUACGCCUAUCCCCGAUGACCGGAACAGAUACGAACUCGACGGCCUCAAACCGUCGCCCGUUUCCCACGGCGUCAUUCCUGGCGGGAGAGAGAAGUGGGCGAUGCAUGCCAAGGAGUACGUCCUCAACCUGUAGAAGAAACCCAUUAUUACAAACUUAUACGGACUUCCAUUCUCUCCUUCUAGUGUCCUCGAACGGCGUAUCUCGACCCACCCUCCAGGCGAAGUCAUGUUCAACCUCCUCUGCAUCACCUCGCGGCGCCAUCAACUUGAGCAAAAACUGGCCAGAUUGCAAGGUUCCACCUCCGACGGAACGGUUGGGGAUGAUUCGGAGUGGGAGAUGAAGGAGAAUUUGAGGGAGAUUGAGGAGAGGCUGAAAGGGUGGGAAGUGGAGAAUGAGUUGAGGCGACAUAAUUACGUUGGGUUGGUGAGUCGUCACGCUUCCUUAUCGAGGUUUUCAAGUUGGUGUUGUGCAUUGCUGAUCAAACGUCGCACGUCUUGUUCGUUUAUGACUCUCAACAGAUCCACGCCCUCUUACUCGAACUUGCUAAGAAGGGAGAGCUGACCCCGGCGAUUGAAGAGGCCAAGAAGACGAUGCAGAAGAAGAUCGAGGAGAGGAGGAGUAAAGGGCAGGACAUGGAACCGGACGAGUAG